AUGCCAUUGUAUUUAAUGUGUCGUCGUAUAUUAUUCAAUAUAAAUCACCGUACUAUACGUAGUCGGUGGUUUUUUAUAACUAUACUCCUUGUUACUAUAAUAAUUGUUAUUCUUCUUGCAUAUCGUUUAUCAAAUAUUCCGCAAGAAUGUUUACUAGAACAGAAUUCAUUUAGAAAACAAAAUAAUAUAAAUCACAACUCAUCAUUAGAAAGACCGGUCAUAUUUAUUGGUGGAAUGCCACGUAGUGGUACAACAUUGAUGCGUGCUAUUCUUGAUUCACAUCCACUUGUUCGUUGUGGUGAAGAAACAAGAGUUAUACCAAGAAUAUUGAAUAUGAGAGUAGCAUGGGAAAAAUCUAAUCUAGAAUGGAGUAGACUUAUGGCUGGUGGUAUAAGCGAAGCAAUGAUUGAUUCAGCUGUACGAGCAUUUAUUUAUGAAAUUCUUCUUAAUCAUAAUCAAUAUGCUGAUGUUCUUUGCGACAAAGAUCCCUUUGUACUCAAAUAUGCAACAUACAUAUCAUCUAUAUUUUCUAAUGCAAAAUUUAUUCUGCUAGUACGUGAUGCACGCGCUGUCAUACAUUCUGUAAUGACACGAAAAGUUACAAUAACUGGCUUUAGUUUAUUGGAUUAUAGACAAAAUUUAAAAGUAUGGAAUAAAGGUAUGGAAGCAAUGAUGGAUCAGUGCACACAAGUUGGUAAAGAUAAAUGUUUACCUGUUUAUUAUGAACAAUUAGUUUUACAACCGAAAAACGUUAUCGAAAAUAUUUUGAAAUUUUUAAACUUAACUUGGGUUGAUAGCGUAUUGCAUCACGAAGAACUUAUUGGAAAGAAAAUAUCUUUAUCAAAAACUGAACAUUCAUCUGAUCAAGUUAUUAAACCGAUUAAUUUGGACGCAUUAACAAGAUGGAUUGGUCACAUUCCCAGUGAUGUCAAAAGUGAAAUAGAUACAUUAGCACCAAUGCUCAAAAGACUAGGCUACGAUACGCAAUCCGAUGUACCAACAUAUGGUACUCCUGAUCAAUUAGUACUUGAUAAUAUGAAUGAAUUGAAAAAAAAUGCAGAAUUUUGGGAUUCUAAAGCAAAAUCUUACGCUCGUCAAGCACCUAACGAUACACGUCUAUUCCAAAAUCAUACGAAACAUCAACCGAUUCUUUAA